UUUCGGCAGGACAGAAUUUUGCAAGCGUGUAUAAACAUUCUACGUUUUCAGGUUGGAAAUGCAACAGAAGUGGAGAGCUAUGUUCCCCAGAGUUCUAGUGAGACGGAGUGUCUCAGUGAGUUCUGCAGUGAGAACUGUGGACUCUUUAGAGCCAGUUGUGAGCUCCACCGACUGAGGACUGGAGUAGAGGACCUGACUGGACUCCUCGAGACUGACUACGUCUCCCCCUGUGAUGUCUGUGUCAGCACUGCCGUCCAGGCCGAGACUGUUGAAAUGGGGAAUCUACUGGAGAGCACUGGAGACCAGCUCAUCCCUUCCACCUCCUUCUACUGUGUACAGCUGGUUCUGAUGCCACUCUCUGAGUGUGGCCAGCUACUUGGGCUCCUGGAGAGAGUGGAGGUGCUCACAUCCUCCAUGAAUGACUCCCAGUCUUUGUCCAAUCUUCAACUGGUGGUGGAGAGACUUAGCAGCUCAGUUCUCCCACACACAAGACUCUCUCUUGUAAGACACCAGCUAGCAAUGCCUAGGCAUUUGGCAAGUGAAAUCAGCCUACUUAGUUUUCGUAAUCCAAAAAGCGUGAAAUUUUCAUUCAAUUGCUGAUUCGACUUUUGCAGCAAUAAUACUACUAAUAUAUACUUUAGCUACCACUGGACCCAUGUUAGCUACAUCAUGCCACUGGCCCAGAGUGUGAGUCAGUGACCUCAACUCAGAUAUCAGAGGAGGUGGAGGGUCUACUGCCUGGCAGUGGGUGUGGUCUGGAGCCAGGGCUAGUGGUGGGACUACGGACUCUCAAUCUCCUCAGAUACAACUACAGUCACCUCGUUGACAGACUUCACUUCCUAGGACUGUUAUAGCUAGUCCUAUGAUACUUACGUAUGUGCUCAUGAUAACAACUAUCACUUAUAUUAUUAAGUUACAGCUAUAUUAUAUAUUAUCAAACACAGUUUUAUUACCACUGC